AUGGCCGCGAUCGCUCGAUUCUUGACGGGCCACUCCCACGGCGCCGUGGCUGUCCACGAAGACUCGCCGGACGUGUCGCUGGCCGUGCCCAGCAAGAGCGUGCGCGACGAGAAGCAGACGGCUAACACGCGCAUCAUGAACGUCAGCAACCAGCGCGCAAAGAACCAGUUUCGGCCUCGCGUCGGCAAGGGCGGUGCUACCAGCUACCAGCUGCGCCAGUACGCCGAGGUGACCCUGGGCGGAGGCAGCCUCCGCAAGGUUGUCAAGCUUCCCGAGGGCGAGGACGAAAAUGAGUGGCUCGCGGUCAACAUGGUCGACUUCUACAACCAGAUUAACCUGCUCUACGGCGCAAUUACCGAGUUCUGCUCCCCGCAGUCCUGUCCCGAAAUGAAGGCCACCGACGAGUUCGAAUACCUCUGGCAGGAUAACGACAACUACAAGAAGCCCACAAAGAUGGCGGCACCUGCAUACAUCGAGCAGCUGAUGACGUGGGUCCAAGCCAAUAUCGACAACGAGCAAGUGUUACCAAGCAAGAUUGGCGUCCCGUUCCCCAAGUCGUUCCCAGCCCUGGUUCGCCAGAUCUUUAAGCGCAUGUACCGUGUCUACGCACAUAUUUACUGUCACCACUAUCCCGUCAUCCGCGAACUUGGCCUGGAGCCUCAUCUCAACACAAGCUUCAAGCAAUACGUCCUGUUUAUCGACGAGCACAGCCUCGCCAGUGGCCGCGACUACUGGGGUCCUCUAGGCGACCUGGUUGAUAGCAUGCUGAAGAGCGAUUAA